AUGUAUAACUCUGUUCAUACCGACUUUGACCGUGCCAAGUUCGCUUUCGAAGAUUCCAUCUCCCGUGUUGCUAUAAUAGAGGAAAAGAUGAAGCGCUGCGAGGUGAACGUGUCGUGCUCAGACAACAUUCAAGCUAACCUGCAUGCGAAAGCCUGGGUGGGCGUGUUCUUUGUGGAGUUCUAUAUUAAAGACAUGUCUCACCGGAUGCUUGCGGUCAUGGACACCGGAAGCAACCUUUUGUGGGUUCAUUGCAUUCCUUGCCCAAAUUGUGCUCAAGCCUCCAUCCGAAUAUACAAUCCGAGCACAUCCUCGACGUAUACUAAUGUAUCGUGCCGGUCAGAAUAUUGUGAGGCUUUACGCCAAAGCUCCUGUGAUCAGCGCGAGAAUUGCAAGUAUGAGUUGCAUUAUGAAGGUGCAGCUCCGACAGAAGGAAUGCUUGCUACGGAGUCAUUCAUAUUUGACACUUCCGACGAUGGACUACUCACUGUACCCAACGUAGUCUUUGGGUGCAGUCACGAGAGCAACGAAAAACCCGAUGCGGUCAUGGGAGUGCUCGGACUGAACAACAAUAAAGUAUCUCUAGCUACACAACUAGGUAACAAAUUCUCCUAUUGUGUUGGAAGGAUUAAGGAUCCUUCUUAUGAAUACAACCAACUAAUUUUGGGGGAAGGGGCAAUUCUUGAAGGCGACUCGACACCCCUAGAGAUAUAUAAUGGGUAUUAUUAUGUCACUUUAGAAGGCAUAAGUCUAGGAGGAGCUAUGCUGGAUAUUCCUAAAAAUACAUUCCAGCGAACCGAUUCAGGAAAGGGUGGAGUCAUGAUUGACUCUGGGGGCGAGUUUAGUUUUUUAGUCCAACGAGCAUAUGAGGAGCUUGCUGCUGCAGUAAUGAACAUGAUUGAUUUGAGGUUUUGGUUCAAACCCGAGCUUCAUUUCAGCCAGUUAUGCUUUGAAGGCAACGUCACUAAGGAAAUCAAGGGAUUUCCCAGCGUUACUUUUCAUUUCAGCGGGGGCGCGGAGCUGGGACUAGAGGCAGAGAGCUUGUUCUCUCAAUCAACACCUACUUCUUUCUGCAUGACGAUUUUGCAAGCGGAUUAUGAACAGCCCGGUGUGAUUGGCGUAGGUGCUCAACAAUACCAUAAUGUUGGAUACGACAUUUCAGGGAAAAAGCUGUACUUGAGGAGGAUGGACUGUGAACUCCUUGACGAAUGA